GGAACCUCCCUCCCACCCCCACCCCAUCUCAGCCCUCUAGGUUGUCACAGAACGCUGGGUUGAGCUGUGUUAUAUAGCAGCUUCCCACUAGUUAUCUUUUUUAUGUAUGGUAAUGCAUGUGUUUCAUGCCACUCUCUCAAUUUGUCUCAUCUCCUUCCUCCACUGUGUCCACAACUCUGUUUUCUAUCUCUGUGUUUUUAAUCACAAACACACACCAGUAAAACUCAUGAGCACACACCUGUAAAUGUCUUAUGUAUUUUAUUUGUAAGUCAUAUGUACCUAUACUUCUAUACAUAUAUGUAUAUCUAUAUUGUAAAGCUUCUAAAGAAGCUUCUAAACUUUUGUCAUUAAUUUUACUGAUAUUAAUUUCUACAUCACUGAAAACAGUACAAAGUUUUUUCUUUGUGUUCUUAUUGAAUAUAUGUCUUGCUAAUUGUGAUGAAAACCUACUAUUAGUUAUUUUUUAAUAAUAGCUGACAUAAAGCCUUGUUUCAAGUAGUCUGGAGAAGUACCCUCUCUUUUUGGCCAAUUUCUUGCUAGAUAUGAUAAACUCAUUACUGUUUUUAUCUCAUAAUGUGGUGAAGGAAGAGUUUAUCCCUGGGAGGAGGAAAGGACAGGGGCACAAGGGCACAAUCCAACUCUUUGUACCCCUUGACUUUUUCUGACCCUGGGAGAAGGGAGCAUUGACCUUUCCUUCAUCAGGCUGAAGAUGCCUCUCUUUGGAAGUACGUUUAGUCCGAAGAAGACGCCCCCUCGGAAGUCGGCCUCUCUCUCCAACCUGCAUAAUUUGGACCGGUCAACGCGGGAGGUGGAACUGGGCCUUGACUACGGAACCCCCACCAUGAACCUGGCCGGGCAGAGCCUGAAGUUUGAAAAUGGCCAGUGGAUAGCAGAGACGGGGAUUAGUGGAGGUGUGGACCGGAGGGAGGCUCAGCGCCUGCGGAGACGGAACCAGCAGCUAGAAGAAGAGAACAACCUCUUGCGGCUGAAGGUGGACAUCCUGCUGGACAUGCUCUCAGAGACCACUGCUGAAUCCCACUUAAUGGAGAAAGAGCUGGAUGAACUGAAAAGCGUCAGCAGGCGGAGAAAAUGAAGACCCCCAAAGACAUCUGUCCAGAGAACAGGGGGAAACCCAUUCAUCAGAAGAGGGGAAUGUGGUUGAGGGUAUUUUUAGCCAAACGGAGGGAUCAAGUCCCAGGAGAGAGCAUCAUAUAAUGGGGUCAGAAGGCACCGGCCCCCUUGGGUUGGGGGUAGGAAGGUGACCGCAGUGGAUUCCAGGCCAGUCCUGUGCUUCACGGCAGGGGAGACCUCCCCGGGGAGGCCUGGGAGUGACGGAAGCCUUUGGGUUUUCUCCAGUCACUUAACACCCAGAAUGCCCAUGGCCCAGGCUCACCCUCCUGGGACGGAGGUCAUCCCAUUAUCCCCUCACAUCGGUGUUUGAGGUGUGGUGCCCUCUCGUUAGGAGGGUCUCAGAUGAGAGGCUGUCCUGGUUCUCUUCCUUCCAGCCCAUCCUCUAGCUCCUUUAAAGAACACUCAUUUCCCCCAGAUCCACAACCUCCUCUGGCUUCAGCAUCUCGGCAGCCAGCAGCCAGCCUUCCAUGGCAACACUAUAUUUUUGUGCUACUUUCCUCUUUACCCUACUUUUUAAAAUUAAAUGAUGUUAUCUAA